AUGCUUCGUUCCUCUAACUCAAUGAUGAAGCAAAAGGCGUUCUCCCAGCUCGGGUCCGAAAAUCCCGCAGAAGAACAGGCGGGUCUCCCACCUUCGGCCAUCCCACCCAGAUCUUUCGGGGCUGGUAAUGGAAACGAGGCUGUUCUUUCGAUGCGUGGCAAGAAACUUCAAUCACUCAGCCAAGGAGGUCUCAAGCUUGAAGAAGAGUCAGAGUCAGGGGAUUCGAGCGAAAGAUCACAACAGCUCCCAGUGUCUCUGGACUAUCACAAUGCUCUAGCAGAUCAGUAUCACGAAGCUUACCUCCACGACUCCUCAGCCCAGACUGAGAGUACCGAGAAGAACACCAUGACAAGUUAUUUCUUCAUGAGGUCGUCAAAAGUACCCUCGAAAAGUGCUGAGCUCAUGCCACGACCGCUGUCAUGGAAGAAAGACCCGAAUGGCUCUUCGCCUGGAAGCUCUCAAUCAAAUAUACACACGGACGUCACACCAAAUUCUCAGGGCGUAAGCAGAAGGCAUCGGAAGGUGGCUGCUUGGGUACCCUUCCAUCAGCGUACGCACUCCCAACACUGCUCUAGUCUCGAAGAAGAGCAGGCUGGUUCCGCGAGUGAUUCUGCAUCCGCCACUCGUCGUGAAAUCUCUGGUGUUGAAAAGCUCCGCUUGCUGAACAAAGAGAUAAUUUUGUCAAAACUUGUUCCUCAGGUAAAGCGGUUAAGAUCGAACAUUACAGGCGACGACUUGGCAGUCAACAAUCAGAAUCUCCAGUCGGCGGCUGUCAGAUCAGUACAUGGCAGAUUACGCUCACCCAUCAGCCUUCCCGCCCUCGCCUCAAAGUCGAUCGAGCACUUCGUCUCCACCAACAUCCUCGCUUGCUCACGAGAUAGAAAUCCCACGUACGCCACCACCCAUACCGUCUCAACACGAGCCGAGAACGCCCCCAACAUUGUCAUCUUGGUCACAACGGGAUGA